UUCUCCGUGCCUGGGCUUUUGCGGACACUUUGCUACAUAAGCUGCCACCGAACCAGACCAGAAAGCAGAGCCGUCGAAUAGAGCUCACUUCUCGCCUUAGAGGAAUCCACUCCUUCUCUUGGGAUCACAAAUCCAGAGCAAUCCAUUCCCUCGCUGCCAUGGAAAGUUACUUCUCGGCUGUCCAGAAGAUGGAGCAGACAGUGAUGUUCCCCAGCCUCCUUCAAGGAGUCUCCUUCGAAGAGAAGGAGGAUGCCUGCGAUUCGGACGGUGCCAAAGACUUGUAUGAAUAUUUCACCCAGCUGAAAUCCAUCAAGCCGAUGGUGGAAGGGGGAUUAGUGCCUUCGGACAACCGCCGGCUGCUUGGCAUCGCCAACAGAGCAAAAGAACCAGAAGCCAACGAAGAGCAAGAUCUCGAAAGAGUCUUCUAUUACCACGUCUCGGCCUUGCACCGCAUCCUCCAGCAGCUGACCAGGAGAGCCGACGCCGUGACGUCCAGAUACAAUGAAAUUAUGAACGAAAUCUCUCUUCGUUGGUGAACCUCAAAACAUGGACUGCACCUUGACAAGCCUGAUCUCUUUCCUCGAGGAUCUAUUUGAACAGAUUUCUGCAAAGAAAUUGCUUGACCGGACGACACUGAGACAUUACCAAUAGCUGUCAUUUAACAGCAUCAUCUCUGAACAUUUCAAGCACAUGUUUUGUGUUAUUGUAUUUUAUUUUAUGUGUUAUUUUAUUUUAUUUAUACCUGUAUCUGGGCAUACCUAUGCCUCAGCUGGUAUUACACACCAAAAUUCCUAAUUAUUUAAGAGAUAUUACAUUAAUAUGAUUAAGAAAUAGUACAAUUUUUUGUAUUUCUCGAUACGUUUUUUCACUUGGUUGAUAAUUUCCAAUAAACACAAAUAAAUUGCUUA